UAUUGAUAAAAAAAUAAUAAUACACAACAGAAACCUAAUCCCUUAAACCUCGCCGGCGACGAAACAAUGACACUCUCGUCUCCUUCGUUCCGUCUUCUUCUUCCUCAGAAUCCGUUCUGUAUUGUAAACUCAAAACUACACCGUUUCAGCCCUUCGAAACCCUCACACUUUACCUUUAACCAUGAAUCUUUCUCGGUCAGAACUCCGGUGUCUUCCUUCGUCGUCGGCGCUAUCUCCGAGAAAUCCUCAACCGGGACGAAAUCGAAAUCCAAAACCAAACGUAAACCUCCUCCACCUCCGCCUGUUACUACUGUUGUAGCUGAAGAUGAAAUCAAAGAGUCAUCAGACAUUGACGAGUCAGAAACAGUCAACAUUGCUGAAGAUGUCACUCAAUUGAUUGGAAGCACACCAAUGGUGUAUCUCAAUAGAGUCACUGAUGGAUGUUUAGCUGACGUUGCUGCAAAGCUUGAAUCAAUGGAGCCUUGUAGAAGCGUCAAGGAUAGGAUUGGUCUGAGCAUGAUCAACGAGGCAGAAGACAGCGGAGCUAUAAGUCCAAGGAAGACUGUGUUAGUAGAGCCAACAACCGGAAACACUGGUCUCGGGAUUGCUUUUGUGGCUGCAGCUAAAGGUUAUAAGCUUAUAGUGACAAUGCCAGCUUCUAUAAAUGUUGAAAGAAGGAUGCUUUUACGUGCACUGGGAGCAGAGAUUGUGCUCACGAAUCCAGAGAAGGGUCUCAAAGGAGCAGUGGAUAAAGCCAAAGAGAUUGCUCUUAAGACGAAGAACGCAUAUAUGUUUCAGCAAUUCGACAAUCCAGCAAAUACAAAGAUCCACUUUGAAACUACAGGACCAGAAAUCUGGGAAGAUACAAUGGGUAAUGUCGAUAUUUUCGUUGCCGGGAUUGGAACUGGUGGUACAGUAACAGGCACUGGAAGUUUCUUAAAGAUGAUGAACAAGGAUAUUAAGGUAGUUGGUGUUGAACCAUCCGAAAGAAGUGUCAUCUCUGGAGACAAUCCUGGUUACUUGCCAGGAAUCUUGGAUGUUAAAUUACUUGAUGAAGUGUUUAAGGUUAGCAACGGGGAAGCGAUUGAGAUGGCCAGGAGACUAGCUUUAGAGGAAGGGUUGCUGGUUGGGAUUUCAUCUGGAGCCGCUGCAGUAGCAGCAAUAAGCUUGGCUAAAAGAGCAGAGAAUGCUGGAAAACUUAUCACGGUUCUGUUUCCGAGCCAUGGCGAGCGGUAUAUCACAACAGCUCUGUUUAGUUCUAUCCACAAAGAGAUCCAAGAGAUGAGAUAUUAGUAGCAGCAAUUAGAAAAAUCCCCCCCUCAAGUUUGGUUCUUUGGGAGAUUGAAAACAACAAACCUCUCUCUGCAAUAUCGAAAAGAGAGGUUUUGGAGAAUGCCGUGAGGUUAGAGCUCGCACGUAAAUUGAGAGAUAAACAUGUCUCGUGACCAAACAGUUUUUUCAAAGAUUUUGUGAAUGUAUAUAAAAUUAGAGACAUUGUUGCCUUAUUCUUCUUCUUCUUACUCAUAUGUCACAGAAGUGAGAAGUGUAUGGUGGAAUACAUAGAAAUGUACUCAUCUAAACCCUAAAACUGAUUUGAAUCGAGAUCUCCAAGAUUGAAGAAACUCACCGUGCUACGAAAUCGAUCGGUGAGCAAGUAAGUGCCUAUAUGGUGUUGAAAAAGAGUAGAAUUCAAAACUUUUGCCUUCGAUAAUACUCCCUC